AGUGAAUGUUCCUUUUACGUAAUUACACGACCUAAUAGACGUCAUUCCAGUUCACAUUCAAUUCAGUGACGGCAAACCAGUAUAUAGUAGCUGGUAAACUGGGGGGUACAUAAGUUAGCAGCCAUUCAAUCGUUCUUGGGGUGCCACCAUGUCGAAUCUGACCAUCCUGCGGUCCUAUGCGCGAAUGACGAAACCCGAAAACCUUCCACCCGCCAUCCUAUUCAACUGUUCUGAGACGUGUCUGACGGUCUUUGACGCAUUUCCAAAGGCGAUCUUUCAUUUCUUGGUGCUCCCCCGGGUCAGACCGCCAUUGAGUGUGUCUGAACUCACCGAUCUGCGGUCCCUACUCAAAUGUGAACGGAAGACCGCGAGAACCGUCCUGCAGGACCUAAAUGACCAGGCGGACAGUGUCAAAAAGAUGAUCCAGGAAGAGAUGUUGAAUCGGUACGGCUUUCAAUGGCAGAUUUGGGUGGGGUUCCAUCCUGCUCCUAGCAUGGAGCACUUGCACCUUCAUGUUAUCUCCAGUGACCUCUGUUCACCGAAGCUCAAGACUAAGAAACAUUACAACUCGUUCCACCCAAAGCUUGGAUUUUUCCAGCACCUGAGCGAUGUACUGUCGUGGUUUGACGCAGACCAGUCAUAUUUUGAGAUGAUGUCCCAACUCAGAAAGAUUGAUUACGAGCCACUGCUCAAAGAGGACCUCGCCUGUUGGAAGUGCGGGAGGGCUAUGAGAAAUAUGCCAACCUUAAAGGAGCACCUUCAAGAAGAAUGGGAUGGCGAAGGACGUAAAGAGAAGGCCAGGAUCGCGAGAAAAAGCGCAGGUUUGAGGAAUCGUGAAACUUCCCAACCCGGCUCGUCCUCUUCUCAAGAUUUAGGGGUAAGCUGACGUGCGUCGUCAGAUGUGACAUACGUAUCCUGAAGCGUCGGCGGUACAUAUACAGAAGUCUUGACGGUAGGCUCAUCCAAUACCUUUUCUCUGAUAACAUGAUACUGCCAUAUCAGUACAUAAUCCUUAAUGGCACACACACCCCGUGGCUUCG